AACUCAAAUUCUUAAUUUCUCAACCAAAUGUCUAAUCGAUCACGUUCAUUCAUCAGGUGACCGUUAUGAAACUCAAGGUUGAUCUCCAGUGCCACAAAUGCUACAAGAAGGUCAAGAGAAUUCUCUGCAAAUUCCCUCAGAAAUUCGAGACCAGUUUUAUGACGAGAAGCAUGACAUCGUCACCAUAACGGUGGUAUGCUGUAACCCGGAGAAGCUCAGGGACAAGAUUUGCUGCAAAGGCUGUGGGACUAUCAAAAGCAUUGAAAUCGUCGAACCGCCCAAGCCCAAACCACCCGAGAAGCCUAAGCCUGAAAAACCCACCGAACCGGUGAAGCCAGAGAAGCCCAAGCCUUGUCCGGCGCCGCCUCCUUGUGCGGCGCCGCCUUGUCCGGCGCCGCCUCCAAGGCCGCCGCCGCCUCAUUGUCCGGUGCCGCCGCAUUGUCCGGUGCCACCGCAUUGUCCGCCGCCGCCGCCGCAUUGUCCGCCACCGCCGCAUUGUCCACCGCCGCCAAGGCCGGUUCCGAUCGGAGUAUGUUGUGUACCAUGCUAUGAAGGUCAGGGAGGUGGACCAUGCUUUCAUUGGCACGGUGGGCCAUCACCGUGUUAUGUGGUUUGUUGUGGAAGACCUAUUUGCCACAGUUACGGUGGGUGCAGGCCCUGUUACGUGAGCCGUUGCGAUGAAUAUUUCUGUGAAGAUAACGCCUCUGCCUGCUCAAUUAUGUGAUCGUCCUCUCCAUGAUCACCUUCUGUUUAUUCAUCGAUUCUGUCAUCUGUGUUGUGCCUCUCAUGCAUUCAAUCGUCAA